AUGACCUCAGCAAAACAUUACAAAGAUGGAUUUCAUUCGAUGAUGUGGCAGUGGGAACCUGGGGACAAACUGAAAUUAAAUUGGAGGCAACAUUUGGACGGUUCCCAUGCUGGUAUUAAAUUUUGGAUUUACCGAAACGAGAGCUCUGCCGCUAAUCUUAGCGUGUCGCUUAUCGAAUCUAAGCUACACCGCAGGAAGAAUGUUGUCAUACAGUUUAAUUUUUCAUUAAAUUUCACUGGCUGGCGCGCGGCCUGGGUAGCACUACGCGAAGCAAAAUCACUUCCAAAAAGACCUCGGUAUGAUCAAAUCGUAUUCACAGCUCCAGAUCAAGAAAUUCCAUCUCGAGUACUUUUCAUUGAUCUACUUUGCUUCGCCCACCACGUAAUAUAUCAAUCACGUGAUGAAAUAAUUCCACCUAUCAGCGGCGACAUUUACGAUAUAACAUUUACAUGGCAACAAACGCACAGAUGGAGCUUGAUAAACCCACCGGAAGUGAAUGGAACUAAACCAUUAUCAGAGAAGGAAAUGCAACAAUUGAAUGAUAUAUAUUUGAUAGAAAAACGACUCGUAAAUUGGUUUGCAAACGAGGGUGUCCGAAUAGCGGAGUUUCGAGGAAAUGUCUUAAAACGAUGGGAAUCGUUGGUUAUUCAUGGUUUUCAACGUGCAAGACGUUAUCUCAAAGAGCUUAACAUUACUGUAAGUCAAGAUGAUGUCAUUACAGGAUCUCCGCUGUUUCUCAAACGAUCUCAGUUUGGACAUGGUUUCAAAAACGCAAAAGGCGAAAAUAAGAAAUUAGGAGACGUCUCAUUCCAAGUACUAUUUCCACUGACAUUAGAGUAUUACUUUUCUAUAAAAGAAAGCACUAUUCGUGACACUGUCUGGAGAGAACUAGCAAAUAUCAACAGCCUUGUUAGAAGAGAAUUUGCUGUGAAACGAAUUACAAAGCAGGACUCGGAAUACUCAGAAUUCCUACUUUCGGAGUUACGAAAAUUUAAAUCGCCCUUAACGCAUUUUCAUUUUCGACGGAGCUUACAUAACCUUAAUCAAGGAAAACUGGCCACUAUAAUGUUGUUAUUGGAGUAUAUUACGGAUCAGGGAUGGACACAGGGGAGUGCAAUGGGAUCAUUGGAUCACGGAAUGAACAAAGUAGAGAGCGGAUUUAUGAAUUCGAUGUUUCUUCUAAGAGAACAACUCUCUAAGACUGGAAAACUGGGAAAAUUUUUAAAGACUAUGAAAUGGUAUAGCUUUCUAGGUGAAAUAUAUCAAAACAAUUUUGAAUACAGUGGUACGACGGCUGACAAACUACGCACAAUUAUUCUCUAUCGUUUGGAAAUUAUUUUAAUGAGCCCAGGAAGCACCGUUUAUGAACAAAGAGUGAAGUUACGUGACAUGGCUGCCUAUGUUCGCUGGUGCAAUAACGCUUUGUUAACCCAUCCAGCAUUCCUGGCCAUGUUUAAACCCGAUCUAUCCUGCUUUCACCACCUAGGUGUCUACGGUUCUUCUUAUAACCCAGAAGCACUAACCAUCUCGUCGAUGAUAUGGUAUCUUCUUGAAGGUACCUCAUUUGCCCUCAGUACAAACUCGAAAGUGAACAUCCGUGAAAGGCUACUAUCAUAUGGAAGAAUGGCGCCGCAAUAUUCUCUACCAAAUUCGAUCUGUGGUCGUUUCCCCAAUUAUUUCAAAGCGAUUUUAAUCAAAAUGCUUCCAGCUUAUGCGUUUUUUUCGGUUCGUGCACAAAAUUUAACCGAACCCGGAGAGCUGCAGGAAGUUUUACCAGGCAACGACACGGAAAUGAUAAGAGUAUUUUUACGGCUAUACGAGCAAACAAAUACCAAAGUGUUAUUUCAUCUACAACAAGCAUUGUUUAAAAAAGAUAAUUACAUAUCUUCUAUAGGUAUAUAUAGCUAUUUAUUAUACACUCACGCGCACUUAGUCAAUCAGUAAUCGUUGAGAGGGUCACGUGCCGAUCCAAUAUUUUACGAUAUCGGACAGGAACCUGUUGCAUGGACAGUUAAGAAUUGUGGCUUUUUUCAUGGUUUGUUAACCCUUUUCAGAUGUUUUGUCAAUUUCAAACAUACGACAAGCGAUAAUGGCAGAACAAAGAAAACAAUUUGGAACAUUAAUACAAUUUUUGUACCAGUUUUGUUUAAAAUUAUAAAAGCGCGAGAAAACUUGCGAAAUUCAUUUGUUUGCAACAGCCUGGAUGUUAGUAAUAGUCUACAAUUUUUUCGUUAAAAUUAGGUCAAAUUUCAUUUAAACCUACAUGGAAUUAAGUUUAUUUAUACAUACAUAUUUGUAAAAAUAAGUUCAUUAACUUUUCGUUUAGUUAUUUAAGUAAAUUCGCCGCCGAUAUACAGUAAUGUAGUAAUGUUAAUCAAUGUAUUUUCCCGCUGUAUUGCUUUAUCGCUUAUUGACAAUUUUUUGUUAUAUAAUUGUUUUGUUCGAUACAAUAUAACUCUUAUUGGAUUCAUCUUCGCCCAAUAUGGCAAAAUAUUAAGACUCGACUUCAAUAUAUUAAGCUCGACCUUCGAUCUCGCCCAAUAUUGAAGUCUCGACUUAAUAUUUUGCCAUAUUGGGCUCAGAAGAUAUAUAAUAUCCAAUAAGAUAUAUAAUAUUCACUUCCCAAGCAGUGAGCUCCAUAUGUAUCUGGACAAGAACUGAACAUACGAAGUGCGUGUUUUAUCAGACCUAAAUAUACUCGGCUUUGCCUCGUAUCUUUAUAUCUAAUAAAACACUGCUGCUUAUGUUUUAAAUAGCACAUAAAAAUCCAAAUACUAAAAUGUGUUACUCGGGUUUUAGCUAGAUACAUUUUACUAAAGACACAAUUAGUAAAAUAUAGUCGAUAGAUAGCCGUUGGCCUCGUUUGAACACAAACACAACGCGUUUAUAACAAUGCUACGCUGAAGGACGACUUCAUACAUUUUUAUUUUUAUUAUCAUUACUAUUUCCACCAUCAUCAUCUGUCGACAUCGUGACAUUCAUCAUCCUCAUAACCAUCAUCAUCGUUAUCAUUACCAUCGUCAUCACCAUGCAUAAGACUAUCGUCACCAUGAAUAUAACACCAUGCACGAUCAUCAUCGUCACCAUUAACAUCAUUAUCAUUAUCAUUUUCGUCACCAUUAACAUCAUUAUCAUCAUCGUCACCAUUAACAUCAUUAUCAUCAUCGUCACCUUUAUUAUUGAUGAUUAACUAGUAGAUCUAUUUUUCUAUAUUCGCCCAUUUAUUUACCUAUUUAUUUAUAGGUUCGUUACAAAUACUUCAGGAACUCUACAGAAAAGUAAAGAAAGCGGAAAUACAGCCAGCCGAGCCUCAAACGGGUCAUUGGGUACACAACUUUGCUGCUUUAUCAAUACAUCGCCGUAAACAUUGGGUAGUCACAGUAAAAGGGUUCAGUCGAUACAUUUGGGAUUUUGAGAGUUCGAGCCAUGAGAAUGUAUAUGGCAUAUAUCAAUCCCAUGGUGCAUUGCAGAUAUCGAACAGCGAAGAAAGUUUGAAGGCAUACGAUGUUCAACACGGUUGGGACUGGACACGAGUACCAGGAACAACAACAAUAAAGUUAAGUUUGCAUGAAUUGAUGACACCGAAGGUUGAUAGGUAUUAUCAACCUUCAAAGUUGGUUGGUGGUGUGGUAUUGACCAGUGCUGAUCCACGUUGGGCAAAUGGAGUUUUUGCAAUGAAAUUUCAUCAACCUUUAUAUGGUUCUCCAGACGGUAUAACAGCUGGGUAUGGCAGAAAAAGGACUAUUAAUGGCAAACCGGUAAGUACUGUGCAGUGCACUUCCGGAAUGCAACCAACCUUUAACCUCGUUUUCCAUGAGGUAAACGAGACAACUCACAACGGCAACGGCAGAAAACAAAAUUACUUGCAUUUUUUUGUAUGCCAGCCAAAGCAUACAUUACUCAACUUUAUUUCCCUCUAAAAGUACUCGUCGUUCUUCACAAACAACCCUUAAGUAGCAACAGCCAGUGAAUUCACAUAAAACACCCCACAGAUUUUUAACUGUUCAUGAGCGUGGUCAUGAGCCAUGAAUAUGAUGUAGAUAACGCAGCAGUUUGAACAACUAUGGCGUACUAGACUCGUCAAAGAAAUUUAUAGUAAAAUUAUAGUGUUAAUGAUCACGUGUUCAUCGACGUUGCGGUUGUAUUUGCCAAACUCACUAAUAAAAUUUGUUCGCGCGGAUCGGAAAAUAAAAUUGGUCGAAAUUGGCAGAAAAAUUAUCGGGAAAAAAUAGAAUUUGUUUCUAUACUCUUUCGCCGCGAUUUUUUUCCGCUAGCUUGAACGUCAUGUACGACAAAUUUUGCCUGGUGGAAAGAAAACUGUACGUAGUACCCACGCGCGUAAGAGAAGCGCAUUCCAAGGAUUAUUUUAGUAGUACUAUAGCGGUUACAAUAUUAUGGGUAAAUGGUCGAUAUUUUUUGUUGUAUUUUGCAGUGUCAGAAUGAAUACAAAACUCUGGUUUAAAGGGACACGCCAAUAUAUUUUUUAUUAUUUCAUUUGGAAGAACUUUUAAAAUUAUAUGUAAAUCUCUUUUAUCGAUUUUGCGUAACUUUAUUAUUUCUUGAGAUAUUUGAACAGAAAAAAUCACAAAUCAGCGAGCUUUCCGCCAUCUUGGAUUUUGGCGGAUAUGCAUGUGACAUCAUAAGCAGGGUCACGCAAGAAUUUUAUCCACAGAGCAAUUGUCAAUGGUUAUUAUGAGCCCAAAAUCAUAUACUUCAGUAACUAUUUGAAAUAAAAAACUAUCUGUCGACUUUUCAAACAAGACCUAAUGUUAUUUGGUCAGUUAGAUGUAGUUUUAGAUGGCUAACCCUGCUUUUGACGUCACUAAAAUCACCGACAAUGAGAUAAAAAUUAAUCCAAGAUGGCGGACAGCAAAUUAUUUUAAGUCAAAAUAUUUCAAGAAAUAAUAAAGUUACGCAAAAACGGUAAAGGAGAUUUACAUAUAAUUUUAAAAGUUCUUUAAAAUGAAAUAAUAAAAAAAAUAUAUUGUCGUAUCCCUUUAAAUAAAUGAUUACAAAGCCCAGUCGAAUUGUACUCAAGACUCAACGUUUCGACACUCCAGUCUAGUGUCUUCAUCAGAGGUGAUCUAAAGAUGCAAUCGUGGCUUCUUUAAUACCCAAGGGAUGACGUCACCUGCCAAUGAGAUGCAUAUAUACUGUUCAUAUCUCUGAGGAUGGUUCUAAAGUAGAAUUAAAAUACUGUGCGUCCUCCACGACAAGCGCUAAGUCGCCACGAAAAUAUAUCGUGCACUAAAAUUGGAUAAGUUAGUCUCGCUACCAAUCCCCAUUUACUCGGUAGCUCAAUGGAUAGAGCGGAGGUCUGGAAACCCAAAGAUGCGAGAUCGAAUCCCGCUCGAGACAACUACUCUGCAGUGUCAGAACAGGGUUGCCGGAGCCACGGGAGAAACAGGGGCAGCUGCCCUCGUCGCCCAGAACACGUUGCAUGCCCAAACAUUAAAGAGUUUGGCAAAUACAACGGCAACGAGAACGUGCUCAUCAACAAUAGUAUCUUUACUUUAAAACAAGGGCGACUAUAAUUUGCAUUCCCUUAAGCAUUUUAGUAUGACGUCAUGACCACGCCAACUGAGUAUAAAAAUUUUCAAGUUGUUUGGGAUAUUUUAUGUCAAUUCACUUACUAUAAUUGCUACUUUAGGAGAUUUCAGCUAGGUUGUUUAAAAAGUAAAUAAGUGCAUGCUUUUAAAAAUGUUUAGUGAUAUAUGUUUUGGCUCGAAUACUUUAGCGUCAUGCAAUGAACAAGAAUGCUCCAAUCAAUGCCGAAACUUGUCUAACUAUACAGUAUAUUAUAGUUACAAGUAACCAAGUUCCCGGCAGCGAACAUUGCAUGCCACCCACAAAAUUAAGGCUCAGAAGCAGGGGCCCUCUUUAAAUGCUUCCGGCGUCAGAAUAAAUAUGAAACUGGUUUUUCCUCUGAUGAUAUUUCUGAAAUGGAAUUGGCAAAGUUCUUGUAUUUUGAAUGUAUGGUGCAGUGGUGAAUAAGAUUCGUGUACCAGGUGUCCUAAAAAAGGUACGCCGUUUGAUUUAAUAUAACGCAAAAAUUAAAACUACAAUUACACUCAAAUAUGCAUUAUUGAUCAUCCUCACACAUGUAGACAAUUUGAAUAAACUCCCCUAUUUCUUGUAUUUUACCCGAGUGUUGUGCCCGUUUAGUUCAGUUUUGUUCAUUUGUUGUUCUUUAAUUUAGAGGCCAUACUUACACUUUUUAAAAAAUGGAAGAUUUUCUGAACUGGACAUGAAUUUUUGGACAAUAAUUAUUUAUUGCAAAACAAAGACUAUCUGACUUGAAUAAAACAGCAACUGAGGAAUUAGGAAUUUUUAAAACUGUAUUCCCAACAGCCGUUGCUAUGGCAACAAUGAUGUUCCAAUACGGCGGAUAUUUUUGGUUUAAGGUAAUUUAACUUGAAAAUAAGGUCGGUGACCCCCAUUUUUUAUAGCAUGAUUUCUUUUAGCAUUUUGAAUCAUUUUCGUUAUUUAAAAAAUCCUGUCAUGCCAAAAUUUCAUGCCUUAAUAAUUCAAGAACGAUAGGUGAAAGGGCAGCCCGAAAAUAAGUAAAACACACACCAAAUCAUUGUGGGAGAAUGGGUUCAGGGUGAAAUGAACCAAUUAUAUACAUUAUACUCUCAAACUCUGGUCAACCCGAAGACUCAUUAAGCCUUAUGUUUUCAUCCCGCAGGGGUAUAUAUAAGACCUGCUAGGAGAGACUGAAUGCUCCAUAGGAGCUCUGCCCGAAGGGUAGCGACCCCUCUGACAUAGACCUGAACCAAGGGGUGAUAAUCCCCUUGGACAGUACCUACGAUUCGACUGAUUAUAUUUACAUAAAUAACCCGAGUCUAUGAGCCUGAAGUUGACCAUUGGGAACACUUCAACCCCGAAUUUGUUUCAACAUAAACAAAUUUAAAUAUUUACAUAGCGAUAAUUUUCCAUGAGAAAAUUGUUCGAUAGUCUUUCUUGACAAAUUGUUUUUGAACAGUCCUUGCAUAACAUUAGUUAGUACCCAUACAAUGCACCAGAUACCGGAAACAUGAACAGGUGGGUGGGUGGUACUUUCUCGGUAACAAGACAUUGCUCUUUGUUGGGAUAUUUGUCAAAGUGAACUCCCUUAUCUCAUUGACCUUUGUUCUGCGUGUUCGGUGUUGACAUAUGAUUGGUCAGUUGAUCUUUCAUUCGGUUUACACAUGCCCAGAGAAACAUUUGAACUUUGGACUAUUGGAUAUCGCCUUUUUGUGGCUGUUGACAAGCUUAUCCUGUUACUAUGAGAUUAUAACCAGGUUUGAAGGUGACAAACGUGUUGUCUCAUUCUCUUUCCCGUCCACCCCAUUACGACACAAUUUUUCAAAAAUAAAUAUCUCGGCUAGUAUUUACCCCCCUUUUAAAUAAAAGCCACCAUUGUAAUCCUCAUAAAAUAACCUUUCGAACGGGGGGUCAAGUGCCGUCAGAACAUUACACAAACCGAAACAAUCAUAUAUUCACUCACCGCUUGGCCAAGGAUUCUAAAUUUCAUAUCCACUAGAUCUUGAAUACCCCUUGAACUUUUCGACAUUUGCUGAACGGCUAUAUGUAUAAAAAUGUCUUUGUAUUCAAGCGCUUUCGUGUAGAAAGUUUCGUAUGUAUACGCUGACUAGAAAUAUUUAUUUUGAAUUUUUCAAGAUGUCGGGUUUUACUCGCACUUGCGUACAUUGCGCAAUAAUUGGCCAAUAAGAAGCUCCUUUGGCCGGGAGACGUCAAACCAUAGUUAAUAUAAUGGUCAAACUCACGCGUGUAGGUGCAAUUUGACCUUGCGAAUUUAUUUCUGGCCUUUCCAGGGUCAUACGAUAUAAACGUCGCAUUGUUUUGACGGUUUUCAGUCGUAUUUCCGGUUGGGAUUAUUCACCUCGAGCUCACAGUCGGACAAGAAAUGGAAAUAUAUUGAUAAAAGAUACAGAUUUGUAGAUUCAGGGUUGCAAAUAACACUCCAAAAACACUAUUUAAUGGGGAUUCGAACAAGACUAUUACAAAGACGAUAUGUUCGAAGGGGCCGAAGUUAUUUUCGGCGAAAGGUAUGAAUAGUCUAUAUUUUUGUUUAGACAAUUGCGUAAUUUGAUACAAUAUUAUCGUGUUUGACUUUAAAGGCCCAUAAAUCGCUACAAUGUUGAUAAUGACUAUAACUAUAGGGAGGAAUUGUCUUCAUAGCAUGCACUGAACCGAAGAUAUAAACAUUUCUCGCCGUCAACCGCUAGCGGAUGACGAGAUUGGCUUGUGAUGCAAAAGAGUUUUAACUUGAAUUUAGGGACUGGUCAUAAAGUAACUGCUAGGGUGGGCUGGAGGUAAAUCACAAAUUUUACCAAUAAGUUUGGUGACCCAUCUUAGGAUGUAGAUAAAAAUUUCAAAGCCCAUCUAAUCUUACCAAAUUUAUUGACCCACCCACCCAAUCUAAAUUGGUGACCCACUCACCCAAUCUAAAUUGGAAAAUACAAUUUUAUAAUAAAAAAACUUGCAGGUAUGAACUUUGUAAAUAUGCACCGGCAAUAAUUCCACCAAGCCUGACCAACACAUUCAUCACCAAUUACGAUACUGAGCUGCUCUCCAGUUGGUUGUAUUUGCUGUGAUUCAACCACUUCUUGUUGUUUGUUAAUUUGAUAAUUUGGAUAGUUUUGUUUACUUUUAUUAUUAAUAUCUUUAUGUAAUAUAUAAUUAAUCUGGGUUUUUGUUUGAUGGCCCAACCAUGCACAUACCAAAAAAUUGGCGGCCCAUCGAAACUGCCGGAAGAUUUUCCAUGGCCCAUCCCAAAUCACUCCAGCCCACCCUAGCAGUUACUUUAUGACCGGUCCCUAAAUAUAUAUUGUUAUAUAUAAAUUUGCUUAAUCAGACUUUGUUUGUCUUUUAACAUAUACGAAUUCUGGAAAAAUUGGGUCUAGAUUUUCCAUUUUCUAGUAAACUGUAGGGUGCUAGCUUCCCCAAAAGGAUAUCUGACAGGAACUAAGCCAUCUUACCGGCAUACAUAUUGAUUCGUGUUGUUCAGCUGAGCGACAGCGUUCUGAAUGUAGUUUAGGUUAAGGUGGGCUCUUCUAAACGGAGCUCAUGCAUUCUGGUUAGCUCACAGUAAUUCCUUGGGCCUCGCGGCAGGUUUUAUAUUGUAGUCUUCCUCAUGUCAUCCAAAACAUCCAAUAAUUGGCAAUCCUGAAUAAGUAAUGAAGAUUUCUCAUUUUUGUAGGAAAACGAUGAGCAGUUAACUCAAAAUGAAAACUUCCGUAACUUUACGCGAGUGAGAAAUGACGACGCUGUGUUCGAAAAAAUAAAAUUCAAUUUUACAAAAUCGAUAUUUUUCUACAAUUCCCUAAUAGUUUGUCUCGGCAGUAACAUUAAUACGACGAAUAGCGAACCGUACCGAACUCAAACUACUUUAUUCCAAGAUAAAUACACCACAAGUAUCACAGUUAUCUAUAUUAAUGGUAAAAUGAAAUUGCUCAGGGACGACUUCUCUCAAAUACUGUACGAUUCCGCCGCCAUAUUGGAUACGAACGGUAAUGGAUAUUACAUUCCGAAAGGCUCAUCGGCAAACAUCGCCAUCAGUCGGCAAAAAUCGAAGGCACCCAAUGGUAAAACACCCACCGAAGCUAGAUAUGCAACAGUCUGGCUAGAUCACGGUAUAAACCCUGUUUCAGCAAGUUAUGAAUAUGCGAUACUCGUCGCAACCAAUGUUGCUGGCAUAGAAGCCCUUCGAAAAGCUCAGACCUCUGACUCGCCAGUUUAUGAAGUACUUCAUAAAAAUUCGGCUGCUCAUGUGGUACGAUUUACAGACAAAACAGCAAGCCCAAGUAAAACGUAUGGUUAUACUUUCUUCAAGAAAAACGUGCGUUUGACCGAAGGCCCUAUCAGACAUGUCAGCGUCGAGUGCAUAGUUAUGGCCCAAAUCGAUAGGGCGAAUUUUUCAAACAUAAAUAUAAGUAUCAGCUCUCCUGAUCUAAACUACAACACCUCAAAAGUUCUCAUACAUAGUAAAGAUAAUGGUAUUAACGAGUAUUUCUACAUGAGAAGUCGGCCCGUGAAUAUAUCCGCCUAUCUAAACAGACCAGUAGUUCUAGAUAGAGUGCUCGUCAAUGGAAAACCCGUGGAAAAAUCACUCUAUGGUCAUUAUAUAGCUGUGAAACCUGAUGACCCGCAACAGCCGGCACUAAGAGGGAGGGAAAUCGUCUUCAAAAGUCUUAUAAAUGGAGAAAGUGUAGAGGCGUAUCUUCGAGUCGUGAAAAAUUAUGUUGUACAUUAA